AUGGAUUCGCCGCCUUGCACAAACCCAAGCUUUUCCAGCACUCUCGUCGUCGUGCUCUCCGUUUGGGGUUCUCGCGAGGCGCUAGCCGGUAUUCCGGACAUAGCAUGCCGUAUCAACGUGUUUCUUGACCCAGUUCGCUUGUGGAGCUUUGAGCGCUCAGUAAGACGGGGUCAUCCCCGUCUAGCCGCGCGAAUCAUUCGCCUUCAUACGUCCCAGCUACCCGACCCUGCUAUUCGCGACAUCAUGUGUAACGAUCGAAUAUCGCUCGCAGCUCGUGAAGGCGACCUCCAGCCCCCGACGAAGCAGCCCUCUUCGGACACCUGCACGUGUUGGAUUGGCUCUUUGACCAUCCAGGACUUGUCUGCUGGGAUCAAUGCGCUACCGAAAAUGCGGUAUCUGGAGGUCAUUUGUCUGUUUUGCUCUGCUGGGACCGGCGGUUCGUUAUUCAGCCCAGUGAUUCUUUACUCUUACAAGCAAUUCAAUGCGGCCAUGACGCCAUCGUCCACUGGCUUUGGUACGCCGCGCUUUCGCGGAAUUGGUCUUUAUCAAUUCUAG